AUGACAAAUCUAUUAAAUAUACAAUUAGCACCAUUAAAUGUGCCAUUUAUAAGAAGACGUCAGACAACAGCCGUUCUUCUGUGGUUUAUCUCUUUGCCAGUAACUUUGUGUGUUUUUUUUAUAUUGUGUACUACAAUUUUCUUUUGGCCCUGGAUCAUUGCAUAUUCGUUAUUUGCAUUAUUUGAUAUCGCACCAGAAAACGGAGGUCGAAGAUUUUCAUUUGCUAGAAAGGCAGCUUUUUGGAAAUGGUAUGCUUCAUAUUUUCCAAUAACACUAAUUAAGGAAGCAGAUCUAGAUGCAUCGAAAAAUUAUAUAUUUGGCUAUCAUCCUCAUGGUGUAAUAUCUGUUGGUGCUUGGACAAAUUUUGGCACUGAAGCCAAUGAUUUUUCAAAAAAAUUUCCGGGAAUUACAUGUCGUUUAUUAACACUCGCGUCAAAUUUUAACCUUCCAUUUUAUCGAGAAUAUUUAAUGGCCCAAGGUUUGGCGUCUGUAUCACGUCAAUCUUGUGAAAAUAUUUUACGAAAAGGACCAGGCCAUUCGAUUAUAAUCGUAGUUGGUGGUGCGGGUGAAAGUUUAAACGCGCGUCCUGGAGUUUAUGAUUUAGUUUUGAAAAGAAGAUUGGGAUUUAUCAAAUUAGCUAUUCGUAAUGGUGCAUGUUUAUGCCCUGUAUUUUCAUUUGGUGAAAAUGAUAUAUGGGAACAAGCUGAUAAUCCCAAAGGUAGUAAUGUUUGGAAGUUUCAAAAAACAUUACAAAAAUUGUCAGGUUGGACGAUGCCUAUCUUUCACGGGCGUGGUAUAUUUAAUUAUGAUGUUGGAAUUCUUCCCCAUAGGAGACCUAUUACUACAAUUGUCGGAAGACCUAUCGAAGUUAAAAAGAUCGAAAAUCCAACAGAAGAAGAUUUGCUCGAAGUGCAAAAGAAAUAUAUUGACGAAUUAUAUAAUAUUUGGAAUACGUACAAAGAUAAAUAUGCUAAAAAUAGAGUAAGAGAGUUAACUCUUAUAGAGUUGAUUAAUAUAUGGUAUCAAUGUUACUUUGACCAUCUUCAUUUGUGUAAUCGAUUACCAUUACGACUUGAUGUCGCUGAAGAUAUUGAAAAUGAUCGUGAG